GUAAUUGUGUUAAAGGCGGUAGAUCUUGACCUAAAAACAAUUCACGAGGAACCUGGAGUCCACGACCUCCCAAUUACCCCAUUGUUUGCUUCAUUUUGUGCUCCGUGUGUUGCAGAAGCAGUGGCCACUGAUGACGAGUGUAAUUUUUUUGUUCUGGGAAAGAAAAUCUACAAUACGUUCACUUCCUCAAGCGAAGACAUCGAGAUCCCUUGCGUCUAUGACCCCUCAAACCCAAGAUCUUCUGCAAUCGUGGAAGCGUCAAAAAGGUCACCGAUCUUUAGCGCUGCAGGAGAAUUGUUCGUAGGCGAGAACCUCGCACAAAUAAUUUGUGCCGAGGUUGAUUGGAUAUUUCCAAAAGUGAAGAAUGAGCAGGUUUCGCCUGGAAAAAGCAUGCGCAGGCAAAAGUUUCUGAACAUAGAGGAGAAACAAGUAGUGGUGGUUGAUGACAAUAAAUCUCACAAGAAAGUUUGCACAGAGCUGAGUCCACAAAACAGGCCCGUCACAAGAGCAAAAGCCUUACAAACGGCGAUGGAUCAAGUUAACAGAAAGGGGAAAGGACCCGAGUUGUUGUGUUCCAACGACGAAGAGGAAGACCUUGAUCUCGAUCACCGAUCAAACAAUGAGGCAUACAGCGAUGAUGAAUGA